AUGGGUGCUACUCGUGCUGAGAAGGAGGUUUACUUCGAGAAGCUCAAGCAAUUGCUCGACACCUACCCCUCGAUUUUCGUCGUCAAUGUCGACAAUGUUGGCUCCAACCAGAUGCAUCAAAUCCGUGUGGCCCUCCGCGGAAAGGGCGUCGUCCUGAUGGGUAAGAACACCAUGGUCCGCCGUGCGAUCCGUACCAUCAUCAGCGAGCGCCCCGAAUUCGAACGUCUCCUCCCGCAUGUCAAGCUCAAUAUUGGAUUCGUCUUUACGAGCGGAGACCUCAAGGACGUGCGCGAAAUCAUCGUUGCCAACAAGGUCGCCGCCCCUGCUCGUGCCGGUGCCCUCGCUCCCAAGGACGUCUUUGUCCCAGCCGGAAACACCGGUAUGGAACCCGGAAAGACGUCUUUCUUCCAGGCGCUCGGUAUCCCAACCAAGAUCGCUCGUGGUACGAUCGAAAUCGUGUCCGACGUCAAGGUCGUUACUGGUGGCAACCGUGUCGGUCCUUCCGAAGCCACCUUGUUGAACAUGUUGAACAUUUCGCCGUUCACAUACGGAAUGACUGUGGUCCAAAUCUUCGACCAGGGCAACGUGUUCUCGCCUGAUGUGCUCGAUAUCGACGAGUCGGUCUUGAUCGACAGGUUCUUGUCCGGAAUCAAGUCGAUUGCUGCCAUUUCUUUGGCUCUCAACUACCCGACUAUCGCCUCGAUUACUCACUCGCUCGUCAAUGCGUACAAGAACUUGCUCGCCAUUGCCGUCACUACCGAGUACAGCUUCGAGGCUGCCGAGAAGGUCAAGGAAUACCUCGCCAAUCCCGAGGCAUUUGCCGCCGCCGCACCCGCUGCUGCUGCUGCCCCUGCUGCCGCCACCGAGGAGGCCGCACCUGCCAAGGAAGAAGAGAAGGAGGAGUCCGACGACGACAUGGGCUUCGGUCUCUUCGACUAA